AUGACCUCGAUCCGCGCUCAAACGGCGCAUCUCCUUCUGGACCGCAUCUCUCCUGACGAGCAAAUCCACCUGGUGCGCGAUGUCGCCCACUCGCUCGAUGCACGGAGUGGAAAGUCUGACUUGAGUUUUGCUGCCACUUUGCUGCAACUCCGGCCAGAUGCAGAGGCAUCGAAAAGUCUCUUCUCUCAUCUGAGGAAUCUGGUCGAGUUUGGUCAGAUGGAUCCGGUGGCGGCGGUAUGCAUUGAGUAUCCGGAGAUGGGCAAUGAAGUGCUCUCGCAAGCGUGUGUGCAGAUUCGGGAUGCGGCAAAUGUGCUACGUGAGGCGUCCAAGGAGCAUUUUCCUGUGCCGGUUUCGGGGCCAGAGGCGGUUGUUGUGGCCGAUCAAUCAUCAUCAUCAUCAUCAUCGGUUGAUGGUAAUGUACAGCCGGUGGUCGAUACGAUUGUGGUGACAUGUACACAUUCACUUCGGCUUGUUAACCGUUUGUCUUCGCAUGCUGUUUUCGCAGGUCGAAUUGAUGAUUUGUUCCGACCUGCCCUUGUUCUGCUCGGUGCUGCGAAUCGUGAGCUGCGAUUGCAAGCGCAAGAAACGCUUUUCCUACUUAUGGCAAGACGGGACCGUCUUUCGCGCGAGGAUCAGCAGAGUAUUUGGAUGCGGGUGCAGGAUCUUACCAGGUCUGCGGAUAAGUUCUACCAGGCACUGGGAUACUCUCUGUGGCUUCGAUGGAUUACUUCAUCCGCUGCUGUGGAGCCCAUCAUUCUCCAGUCCGAGCAAUACUGGUCUUCACUGAUCAAUGGUCUUCGAUAUGGCGACUCGGAACGACGCAAGAGUAGUCUACAGAUUCUGAGAGCCUCAGUGAAGGCCGCUGUUGAGGAUCCUGAACUGCUGAGCAUCGUUGCAGCCUCAUCACAUUCGAACGAAUUUCUCCCAAUGCUUAAUGCUGACCGAAAUUUAGCUCCAGCCACUGUACAGAAACACUACGCUCGAUAUUGUACCGUCUAUGAAACUGUUGUUCUCGGACGCUAUCUGAACCAGGUGCAAGAAUGCGAGGCCGACAUGGAUUUUCUGUCCUCGGACAAGUCAGCCGUCAAGCCUGUGUGGUUAUACACUUUACUCACAUGCGCCUUGGACCAGAAAAUGCAAGAUUCGAAUAGAAAGCUCAUCGGCUCCUGGGUGAUGGAUGCAGUGCCUCGUGUGGACGGCACGACUGAGUACCUGAAUUUCUUGCAAGAUGCAUUCUUGCCAUGGGCGACUCUCGGCUACCUUUUCACAAAUACCCUACGCAGAGAGGACGGCGUGCUCUACUGCGAACAUGGCAAUAAGCUAUCUUCCUUUAUAUUCAAGCUGCUCAGCAAUAACCCGGAUCUGCUAGGUCCUGCGGUUGAGGCAAUUUUAGCCAGCAUCUCCGGCAGACAUGGGAAUCGCUUUGCGCAGGCAAAAGUCUAUCUGAUCGAUGGUAUUGCACGAGCUGUCCAGGAAAAUCCUGGGCUUUCAAUCAGUCCGGCACAUCUCGAGAAGAUGUACGAGAUUGCGACAUGGGCGAACUUGACCGAGGUAGCUCGCGACUAUCUGUUUGCGCAAAGUUGGAAGAUGUGCCAUGACUAUGCCAAAAGGCAAAGCUCGAAGACCUUGACAGAAUUCGUCAACGUUUCAGCGAAGAAGUGGGAUGAUCUCACGGAAAAGGCCCGAGGUCUCAGUUCCAAUGCAUCUGCUGAACAGGACGGAACCAUAGGCUCGAUGGCCUUGCCGCCCUCUAAUCGGGAGAAGAACGAGGAAAAGGCACAACAGAGAUGCAUCGCUUUCCUAAAGCUGGUCGAGAGUGGUCGUACGCCCCGACCAGAAGCGGACGCUGUAGAAGAGGAACUCAGCGAGAUCUGGAACGACCUGGAGUAUCUGGAGUAUCCUAAAGGUCUGACGCUGUCCAUGACAAAAGUCUUCCUCGAUCAUGAUUUGCUACAGUUCGCCCUGGAAACGAACAGCAGCAGUUUGUCAAGGCUGCUGAGUGCAAAAGUCGAAAAACUGCUUCGUCUCUCCGAGCCCAGAUCAUACCUGUUGGGAUCACUCGUGGAGUCAGUCAGAGCUGUCGUUUUACGACUUCCUAGCGCGGCGUCUCUACUCAACUUGUCUGCAUUGAUCGUGCACCUGGCACAGCAUCCGCCAUCCACUUCAAUCGACAUGCAGCUGGAUGAAGCACUGGUGCCACUGCUGCCCGGUGUCAGCUCGGAGCUGAAAAAUUUCAACCACGAAUUCUACUUUGGACAUCGAGAGGCCAUUGGCUUUGCAGGUCUUUUAGAUCUCUCCAGCCGUUUACACACCAUCGAUGCCAAGCUCCCCAGAGAGACUUUUGAUACACUCUUUGCACCUUGGUAUACGCAGAAAAUCCCACCAAACGUGGUCAGUACAUGGAAGACAGUAUUAGAGCUGCAGGUCAUGCUUCUCUGCUGCGAGCAAUUUGUGCCUCAUGCUGCAAGUGAAGAAGUGCGGGCUCUCCUCACGAAAAUCCAGUAUGUGCUCUCUGUCGAGCCUCUGCCUCGCUACCGAUACUUGCUUGAAUGGAUGGUUGCGCGCAUCUAUAUCCACCACCCGGAGCUGCGAGACGUUAUCUUCCAGGAACUACGCACCAAAGACCACCACUCAAAUCCCAAGUUCUUGGCAUCACUAAUGAAGAUCGGAGUGAGAAUAGCAAAGUCAGAGGGUUCGGAUCUGGUCUUUGCAUCACAAUUAGCGACACUUUUCGUGCCCCUGGCGGCUUCUUCCAAGGUGGUGAUCCGGCAUGAAGCACAGUGGCAAGUCCCAAUUCUGCUGGAACAUGUACGGGAGAUGCAAAGUGAUGCUGGCAUGAGGAACCCGGCCUUUGAAGCGCUGGACGAUUAUAUCCGAAGUCUAGAACGAUUCGACGACCCACCUGUGGAGCGACAAAUAGGAAAUUUUGAUCCCAUCAAACAUCACAACCUCACACACUUGGUCGAAGGUCCAUGGCACGAGCUGGAUGAGCACGAGAAACGACUAUGCUCUCGGUCUGAUUUUCUGACUUUGUAUGCCAACGAUGAUCAUGACUCCCCAUCACUUCCCCCGUCUUGCAUUCCACUCGGCGAUUCUACUACCCUCAUCCACCGCCCAGCUCUUCCCACCCAACAAGAGAAGCCUCAGCCACCAAAAGACCUCGAAUCCCGCACCCUUCAAAACAUCACCGCCAUUUCCCGCGCUCUCAACACUGAAGUCACAACAACAACACCAACACCAGCCCUCCAAACCAAAGGCGCAGCCUACCUCUCCUCCCAAACCUCUCGCAAACGCCCCCCAACCCUCCUCGUCAUCGCCUCUCUAGUCGACAAUCCCUACAACCUCGGCGGCCUCUCCCGGGUCAGCGAAAUUUUCGGCGCAAAAACCCUCUACAUCGAAAACCCGCGCCUCACCACAUCGUCCAAAGAUUUCACUUCGACUUCCGUCUCUUCGCAUCUUCAUCUCGAUAUUCAACCCCUGCCACCGGCUUCUCUUGCGCAAUUUCUCGCGGCGAAAAAACGAGAAGAUGGAGGUGGGUUUUAUGUUGUGGGGAUUGAACAGACGGAUCGGUCGGCGAUUUUGGGGUCGAAAGAGUGUGUGUUGCCGGAGAAAUGUGUGUUGGUUGUGGGGAGUGAACGGGAGGGGAUUCCUGCGGUUGUGUUGGCCGAGUGUGAUUUGUUGGUGGAAAUUCCUCAGGUGGGGAUUACGAGGAGUUUGAAUGUGCAGACUGCGGCGGGGAUUGUGUUGUGUGAGUAUGUGCGGCAGCAUGCAUUAUGA